AUGCAACCAGAGGGGGUGAAAUGUAGGAUGGAAGGACCCAGUGCAGAGAGGGGCACAACCGAGCCCUUGCUGAGGCUCCACAACCUGUAUUCUGUCCCUCGCUGCUCCCGGCAGGCCACCUUGCCCCGCAUGAGCCGCAGGGUCGCCAGCCAGCACUCCUACCCGCUCAACCGCUUCUCCUCCAUGCCCUUGGACCCCAUGGAGCGCCCCACCUCGCAGGCGGACCUGGAACUGGAUUACAACCCUCCCCGGGUGCAGCUGAGCGACGAGAUGUUCGUCUUCCAGGACGGCCGGUGGGUGAACGAGAACUGCCGCCUCCAGUCGCCCUACUUCUCCCCCUCAUCCUCCUUUCACCAUAAGCUGCACCACAAGCGGCUGGCCAAGGAGUACCUGCUGCAGGAGGAGAACCGCGCGCUGCGUGAGGAGAACCGCGCGCUGCGCGAGGAGAACCGCGCCCUGCGCAAGGAGAACAAGAUCCUGCAGGUCCUGUGGGAGGAGCACAAGGCCUCCCUGGGCCUGGAGGACAGCCGGGCCUCCUCGCCGCUCACGCGCAAGGACACCACAUCCCAGGAGGUGGUGAAGAAGGACGCCGCCACCCUGCCCGUGCAACGCAGCAAGGAGAACACGCUCCAGCUCCUGCGGGAGGAGAACCGCGCGCUGCAGCAGCUGCUGGAGCAACGGCAGGCCUACUGGGCCCAGGCGGAGGACAAGGCGGCCACCGGGGAGGAGAGCAGCGCCCCCUCGCCUCACGAGGAACCCCACAGUCCUGGGCUGCUGCCCGACCAAGGCCCAGGCCUGUCCUCUCCCUUUGAGGAGCCCAAAGGUCCCCCCACCCCGCAGGAGGACUCCAAGACGCUGAGGGCCCUGCGGGAGAUGGUCAAUGAUCUGUCCGGGCCUUCCGGGGGAGAGGAGGCCAAGGUAGGCCCCGGCCUGGCGGAUGGUGGGCAGCCGCUGCAGCUGCUGCGGGAGAUGAGCCAGGCGCUGCAGGCCCUGCGCGAGGAGAACCGGCUCCUGCAGGAGGAGAACCGGGCCCUGCACGUGCUGCGGGAGGAGCACCGGGCCUGCCAGGAGGAGAACAAGGCCCUGUGGGAGAAUAACAAGCUCAAGCUGCAGCAGCGACUGGUCAUCGACACGGUGACCGAGGUCACCGCCCGCAUGGAGAUGCUCAUCGAGGAGCUCUAUGCCUUCAUGCCGGCCAAGAACAAGGACCUCAAGAAGCCCGGCAGGGUCUGA